GUCAGGACCAGAGCACCUUUGCACCUCUUUCUUCCAUCGGCCAGUGGCAUAUUGCCAACAACGACUGUGAAGUUCUUUGGCAGCCUGCCAAAACUCAGGUAAAGCGGGUCAGCUUUCAGCGAUUCAACAAGACUAAGCCGCAACCAUGACCGGACAACUUCGUUGCGAACAGGGAGAAUGGAAGCCUCGAGCCUCCUUCUCGAAGAACCAAUUGAGCAAAUAUGACCGCAACGCCCAGAAGGGAAGCUCGACUCCAUCCAAGACCGGCAUUCGCUGCAUGGAGCAUUCUAGCAAGCCGGUCCUUGAAGAAAAAUGUCGGGGUCCUUGCGGCCGCUGGAGGGAGAAGCGGCUGUUCAGCAAGAGCACGGUUCGCAAGGGCGUCUACUGGUGUGUCGACUGUGUCGAUUGGCAGAUUAGAACCGAAAAUGGCGAGGCAUUGCCCCCUCCCGGAGGCCAGUUGUCGGCGGAAGAGACGAACCCCGUUCCGACUCGGGCAUCUCGCUGGAUUGAUGAUGAGUUCUCCACGAGCGACUACGCGACGUUCAGUGACGAGGAGCCCUCCUCUGCGUUUGACGCCGACUUUAAUGCUGGAAUCGACGACGACGGCUCUGAUAUGAUGUCGGCACGCCCUUCCUCCGAACAGCGUUCCUCGGCGGCUCAUGACACCAGCGAAACGGCCACAGUCUCUGGCAGCGACCGUUUGGGUGCAUUGAUUCCCCCGCGCCUCAGACACUCGCCGUCUAAGGCACCGCACUGGCUUAUCCCCGACGACAUGAAUGAGGUCCCCACCGGCUCAGUGCGUUAUUCGACCGUAACGGGUGACAGCGCUUCGGUCGGAAACAGUUCCAUGAGCACCUUGGUACGUGAAGGCCAGGGCCAAACCAUCCCGUACAAUGCCUGGGGUCCGAAUGGAGAGUAUGCCCGCAUGGUCAAGGUUCCCACGGUCGCUUCGGACACCACUCGCCGCACCCGAUCGAUUUAUCGCCCAUCCCAAGUCACUAAGCAGAGCAAGAGUGACUGGGCAAAGGUGGUAAGUGAUGCACUUCAGAGCGGGGCGUACCUAAGCUAGUACUAAACCCUCA